CCCCCACAGAGAAGCGACAGAGGAAUUCCUGGGUGCAGAUAGGACCACUCCUCUCUCUCUGCAUAUAAUUUUCUCCACAGUCGGGGCUUGGUGGUGAGAGGGGGGUGGUCUCGCAGUCGACGAGAGGAACAGGAGUUUAUUGAGGAAUAGCUGCAACGGGAGGAAAAACGCAUUCAGCACCGUUGCUUUGCGGAUAGUAAGAAGAGAGGGGAAAAAAGAUCGCGCUUGGACGAAUGACCACUCAAGCUGCUGAGAAACUGUCGCUGGAAUUGUUUAACUUGUUGAUGCAACGUUACUGUACUGUUUUCCUCUGUCGACUGGCUGCAGUAACAGAUAAAUGGGUGGUGGAAUCGCAAGUGUUCUCUUCCGAGGAUACGUAUUUUAUUAAACUCACCGCGGAUGCAGUUUAGAGACCAGCCUUUCCUACGAUGCAAUUCAUCUCUGAGCCAUAGCACUGUGAUAACCGGAGCUGGGUCGUAUUAAACAUUAUAGGUCAGCAUGGCAGCAGGUGUAGCGGCAUGGCUCCCCUUCGCACGAGCGGCGGCCAUCGGAUGGAUGCCCGUGGCGAGCACUCCGAUGCCCAUCCCUCCCCAAGACAAGAGGAAAACCAAGGAAGGACUCAUCAUCCUCAAUGUGAGUGGGACCAAGUUUCAGACGUGGAGAACCACUUUGGAGAGGUACCCGGACACUUUGCUGGGGAGCACGGAGAGGGACUUCUUUUUCCACGAGGAGACAAAUGAGUACUUUUUCGACCGUGACCCUGACAUCUUUAGACAUAUCCUCAAUUUUUACCGCACGGGGAAACUACACUAUCCGCGCCAAGAAUGCAUAUCUGCAUACGACGAGGAGCUCGCUUUCUUUGGUAUAAUCCCCGAGAUCAUUGGGGACUGCUGUUAUGAGGAAUACAAAGACCGGAGGCGCGAAAAUGCAGACAGGCUUCAAGACGACGAGGAUAUGGACAUGAAAAAUGACGCCGCGCCAGUGAACCUGACGUUCCGGGAGUACCUGUGGCGGGCUUUUGAAAACCCUCACACCAGCACAUUAGCUCUGGUCUUCUACUAUGUCACAGGCUUCUUUAUUGCCAUAUCAGUGAUGGCCAAUGUGGUGGAGACGGUUCCGUGUGGGACUUUGCCCAACAGGUCAAAGGAGCUUUCCUGUGGAGACCGUUAUGCACUGGCCUUUUUUUGUUUAGACACUGCGUGCGUCAUGAUAUUCACGGUUGAGUAUCUCCUCCGGUUAAUAGCAGCUCCCAGCCGAUACAAAUUCAUGAAAAGUGUGAUGAGCGUCAUUGACGUGGUCGCCAUCAUGCCUUACUAUAUCGGCCUGGUCAUGACCGACAAUGACCAGGUAAGUGGUGCUUUCGUCACGCUAAGAGUCUUCCGAGUCUUCCGGAUUUUCAAGUUUUCCCGUCACUCGGCGGGGCUGCGCAUCCUGGGCUACACCUUGAAGAGCUGCGCCUCCGAGCUUGGCUUCCUGCUAUUCUCCCUCACCAUGGCCAUCAUUAUCUUUGCAACGGUCAUGUUUUAUGCAGAGAAAGGCUCCACGGCCACCAAGUUCACCAGUAUCCCCGCAGCGUUUUGGUACACCAUUGUCACAAUGACCACACUGGGAUACGGCGACAUGGUGCCAAAAACAAUCGUGGGUAAGGUGUUCGGGUCUAUAUGUUCUCUGAGUGGGGUGCUGGUCAUCGCCUUGCCCGUCCCUGUCAUAGUGUCAAACUUCGGCCGUAUCUACCACCAAAGCCAGCGUGCAGAGAAACGACGGGCCCAGAGGAAAACUCGGCUUGCUAGAAUCCGUGCUACGAAGAUUCGAAGCACUAAUGCCUAUAUGCGCUACAAACAAAAUGGGCUCCUGUUCGACUCACUGGAGGAGGCCUCUAAGGAGUCAGGACAAGCCCUGGUGAGAAAGGCCCUCAGCCCUCCUUUUGAGAGCCAGCAUCAUCACUUGCUGCACUGCCUGGAGAAAAUCACGAAUCAUGAGUUUGUGGAUGAACAGACGUUUCAGGCCAACUGCAUAGAGAUCUCUGUGACGAAUAAGUCGGGCUCCCGAGCCUCUUCCCUGUCCUCAUCACCGCACGGACUCAGCUCAUGCUGCUCUCGACGCCACAGGAAGAAGAGCAGCUUCAGCCUGCCCAGCACAAACAACCAGGAGCUCAGCACCAUACAGAUAAGAGAGAGGCCUGUGACCAACAGCCGCUCCAGCCUGAAUGCCAAACUCGAUGAGACUGUGCCCUUGAAAUGUGACAAACCGUACAUCACCCCCUCCAUGGUCAGCCUGUCUGCCCCGGUGGUGACCUCAUCAGAUGGGGACGGCUCCACCACCACUUCUGCAUACUUUCAAAGCAACAUUGUCCGAGUGUCUGCCUUGUAGAUGUCAUGCCUAUCCACUCAGCUAACUGGUCUCAAGAAGCACAAGAUGCUGCGGAGAGGGACCACCGAGCAUCAACCUGCCAUAAUCUAGAGGGAUUAUAAGAUUAACAGAGGUCGGGGUUUUUUUAAGUAGUGAUCUCAUCUGAUGUCAAACUCUGCAUGGUAUUAGAAUACAGACAAUUGCCUUGGAAUAAAAGCAACCAGCAAGAUCUUGCUCCAUUAAGCACAGAAGAGCGAGGAUGCAUUGAGAUUGCGUGGUUAUUGUUGUUGCCUAAAAAUACUAAGGAAAAAAAACUUUAUUUUUGAAUAUGUAAUGUGGUUGUAUUUGUUGUCUUCUGAUUCAAAGGAGGAAAGGCAGUUGUUUAAAGGUCAUUCUUGAUGGCCUCUGAUGACAAAGCACACAUAUUCAUUAACCCUAGGGUCAUCCUGUGAAUAUUAAAUCGGUCUACAUUAGAAACAAUCAGUCUGCUCACCACCCUGUUAAAUAGAUUGUUUUGAAACCCCUCAAUUAACUGGUUUCUAAUAGUCCCCUCACUGUUGUAAAUUCAGAAAACACCACAGAAAUGAAUAACUGUUGUGAAUAUUCAUUAAGUGACUCAUUAACUGGUUGAUGUCAUCGCUUGAUGAGUAAAAUAUACUAAACAUCCUGACAUGUUUGUGAAAUGUGCAAGUGAAAGUCAAAAUGGCAAAAUCUGUGUUAGCUUACAUAUUUGACAUUCUGAUAAGGAUCUAUGUGAAAGCCACAGUCAUUAAUUAAAACUGAUACUGAGAAACAUACAGGGUACAUAUUAAUUAUGUUAUAAGGUAGAAUUAUAAGUGAAUGUUCUUACUAACCCUAAUAUGUACACAGACCUGGAAAACCAUAUGAAAAAGUGCUGAACAUCAACUUCGCUGAGCUCCUCUUAAAUUCUAAUCUUCAAAAGCAACACUUGGUCGAUUUCACUGUGUUAAAGGGCCAUUUUGUAUGUUUCAUAUUGUAAAUAUCUCGGUUAGAGCAUUAGUUGGCUCCUCUUAUUUCUAGAUUUAGUUGACAGUUGUUGGCAUACUAUUUCUGUCUGUUAACUGGUUGAAUUAAGGACUUGCAUGCUGUCAUUGCAGAAUUCUGUUUUAUUAAAGUUUGUCUCUGCUUCUUGUUGGAGCUUUGUCAGUAACAAUGAGACUGAUGGAAGGAAACAGCAAGGCUGGUAUGAUGUAUAUUCUGCAACACUUUGCUUUUAAUGAAAUCUUGUCAUGGGUACGUAUGUAAUGGGUAAGAAAAUGGGACAAAUUAUCUCACAUUGUGCAUUUGGUGCAGUAGCUAGAAUAAAUACUUAGCUCUACUGAAACAUCCAUUACUUGGCCUGUCUUUGUUUUUUUUUGCUAGCUGGAUUUCAUGUUUGCCAGAUUACUCAGCAUCACUAAUAACAGGGAUGAGAUAAUAAUGAGGUGCUGCUGGAGGACAUGUGAGGACAUGACUGGCCCAGUGGUGGGUCCUGG